AUGGCACCCCAUAGUGUCAGUCCACCACCCCGGUCGGUAGAGAGCGGUGCUACUGCUAUGGCCCACGUCGGGACUUCAUUGCCAGGACUUUCUCCUUGUCUUUCGUAUUGGCAUCGGACCUCAAGGGCGUUCAAGCAUCUCAACGCCAAUGCUGAAGCUAAGGUCCCAACCUCGUCACCGUUUGUGAUUGUCGGAUCUGGCAUAUCAGGCGCCUUGACUGCAUUUUCUCUCAUUGAGGCUGGUGUCAAUGGUGCUGAUAUCGUCAUACUGGAAGCUCGUGAAGCAGUCGCAGGAGCAUCUGGGCGCAAUGCCGGACAUGUGAGGCCCGAUGCAUUUCGAGGUUUCCAAGGAUAUGCGUCCUUGCAUGGCACGGAACAAGCCAUCAAAAUCAUUGAGAAUGAGAAGGUGGUCUUUGAACGAGUUGAUGAGUUCGUCAAGAAACACCAGGUUCAGUGCGAUUUCAACCCAACUACCACUUUCGACGUGUGCCUCACACCCGAAUUUGCGACCUACGAAGCCGAUAGUUUCGAGGCAUUCAAAAAGGCCGGUGGAAAUGUCAGCCACGUCAAAUUCUAUCAAGGGGAAGAGGCUCAGAAACGGACUCGUGUGCCCAGCGCGGUCGCAGCAUAUGAAUGGCCUGCCGGGAGCAGUCAUCCUGCGAAGCUCGCACACUGGCUUCUGAGCAGUGCGAUGGCUCAAGGAGCCCGAUUAUGGACACACUGCCCAGCUACGCAGGUGAAAAAAGGAUCAAACGAGCAGUGGGAAGUACAAACACCUCGCGGCACCAUUCUAGCGAGGAAAGUGAUUCAUUGCACAAACGCCUACGCUGCUGCGCUUCUUCCACAGUUAGAUACGUUCGUUACACCAAACAAGGCUCAGGCGCAUUCGGUAGUCCCCAGCCAGGCAUUCUCGGGAGAGGGAUUGCUCGAAAGCACCAUGUCGCUGCGGUAUAGCAUGCAUCACUUCUACUCCUUGAUCCAACGGCAAGGUGAUGGCACAGUUAUACUGGGUGUUUCAAGAGCAAAUCCAGAGCUGAGUGCAGCGACAAAGGCUCAAAUCGUGAGCUUCGACGAUUCUUCCUUCAACCCAGAGAUUGUUGAAGAUGCCAUGACAAGAUUCAAGGUCAUGUUUCCCGAGUCUAACACCAAGUUGCGGCAUGGCGAAGGUCUCGAUCAUGCGUGGACAGGAAUCAUCGCAAUGACACCAGACUCGGUUCCCUUGGUCGGACCCAUUGACGAGUUGCGCGGACAGUAUAUCUGUGCAGGAUUCAACGGACAUGGAAUGGCCAGGAUCUUCACAUGUGCGCCGGGUCUGGUCAAGAUGAUCACGGGGGGGACGUGGGCAGACACCGGGUUGCCAGAGUGCUUUCAGUACAGUGCCGAUAGAUUAUCGAAAGCAGCUCAGAAGAUGAAAAAGGAAAGUGUGUGGUGA